CUCGGAUAUGGAAUUCCAGGCCGACGACACGGAGCCGCGCCGCAUGCUGCUGACUAGUAGUAGUGCUCGCGAGGCCGGGAGACGGAGGUAGGUCGCUCUCCUGUUGCUGAUCUCUCCGAUUGUUCUACCACAUCCGAUCUUGCAACACCAUGGCGGACCACAAUGUCAGCAAGCUCGCCAUCGCGUCGACCACCUUGAAAGCGAUGCUCGCAGCAUCAGCCAGGCUAUGGGUGUCCCCAUUCAAGGGCCAGAAGGGCGCCCACAACUACUUCAAGGAUGUCAUCUUCGCCAUGAUGCGCACCCAGCUGGGCGGCCUUGACCUCGCCGCGGACCGCUACAUGAACGUCAUGACGACGCCGGCAUACCUCAAGUUUGCAAAGGACAGCGGGUUUGCCCCCGAGAGCAUCACGCUUCCGAGCGGGGCAUUGGCCCACUGGAUCGGGAACAAGACGGCGAAGAAGGUUAUCCUCUACUUCCACGGCGGCGGAUACGUCACGCCGUGCACGCCGGGCCAUUUCCAGUACCUGAAGGCCAUGAAAGACGACCGCAAUGCUCAAGGAUCCGACGUCGCCGUCCUCGUUCUCGCGUACGAUCUCGCUCCCGAGCACCCGUAUCCCACACAGCUGAGGCAAUCCAUUGAGUGUCUGCGACAUCUGGUCGAGACCGAAAGGCGCAGUCCGGCAGACAUCUCGCUCGGUGGAGACUCAGCCGGAGGAAAUCUCGCCAUCGGUGUCCUCUCUCACCUCGCCCAUCCCCACCCAGACAUCCCCGCGCUUACACUACCCGGAAAACUCCACGCCGCUCUCCUCAUCUCGCCCUGGUGCUCCUUCAACACGCACACUCCGUCUUACGAAACAAACGCGGAGAGGGACUGCUUCGACGCGCGGCCCCUCCAACGCUGGUCCACCGCUUUCCUCGGUAGCGAUUCGCCCUUCGCAGGCGACUUUUACAACGAGCCUGUUACUGCACCCGCUUCAUGGUGGGAAGGGACUGCAGAUGUAAUUGAAGAGGUGCUCAUCUGGGCCGGCGGCAACGAGAUCCUGCUCGAUGGAAUUGAAGAGUUCUCGAAGAGGUUUACAAAGGGCUUUGGCGGCAAGGGUGGACGGGUAAAUACCGCCAUCACGGCAAAGGCAGCGCAUAUCGAGAUGAUCCUCGAGCUGCUGCUUGGCUACAAGGGGGACAGCGGAACGGGAAGCGCAGAGGUGGUCAACGGUUGGGUGAAGGCGAAGCUAUAAGAGGUGAGGGCAUAGUAGGAAGCCCUGUCUCCCUAAAGCAUGUAUAUUUAUCCCGUUUCCGUUCUGUCGUCCCGCACCAGUCCAUGUGAUGAUGAGCAUCUCCGCGUCACGACCAUCAUUAGCAUCUU